AUGGAACUCACUGGAGGUGGACAGGAGAACUCGGGCCUGAACCUGGGCAAGAAGAUCAGUGUCCCAAGGGACGUGAUGUUGGAGGAACUGUCACUGCUCACCAACCGGGGAUCUAAAAUGUUCAAACUGCGGCAGAUGCGGGUGGAGAAAUUUAUCUACGAAAACCACCCUGAUGUCUUCUCUGACAGCUCCAUGGAUCACUUCCAGAAGUUCCUUCCCACAGUGGGGGGACAGCUGGGCACAGCUGGUCAGGGAUUCUCUUACAGCAAGGGCAGCGAUGGAGGCAAAGCUAUGGGCAGUGGCUCUGCUGGACAGUAUGGCUCUGACCAACAGCACCAUCAGGGCCCUGGGUCUGGAACUGGGGGUACAAGAGGUCCAGGGGCCCAGACAGGCAGAGGAGGAGCUGCUGGCACAGCAGGGGCUGGUGAUCCAGGAACAGGAGAUCAGGCUGGUGGAGAAGAAAAACAUAUCACUGUGUUCAAGACCUAUAUUUCCCCAUGGGAGAAAGCCAUGGGGGUUGACUCUCAACAAAAAGUGGAACUUGGCAUUGACCUGCUGGCCUAUGGGGCCAAAGCUGAACUCCCCCAGUAUAAGUCCUUCAACAGGACAGCAAUGCCUUAUGGUGGAUAUGAGAAGGCAUCCAAACGCAUGACCUUCCAGAUGCCCAAGUUUGACUUGGGGCCCCUGCUGAGUGAACCCCUGGGCCUCUACAACCAGAACCUCUCCAACAGGCCUUCUUUCAAUCGAACCCCUAUCCCCUGGCUGAGCUCUGGGGAGCCUGUAGACUAUAAUGUGCAUAUAGGCAUCCCCUUGGAUGGAGAAACAGAGGAGCUGUGA